AUGGCGUCUUCCAUCUCGUCGCCCUCUAUCACCACAGACUAUGCCACCUAUCCAUCGUUUGUUGUUACAUCCUCGCCACUGCCGGCAUGUCCUUCGAAUGCCUUGUGUGCGCACACUGUCUGUAUAGAGGAGGUGCAUGUGCUCGGCACCAAGACAGUAACUGAAGUGACCACAGUAGUAUCUACUCUUAUUAAACCUGUGACUAGUUGGAGUACGAUUACGUCGACGGUCACCGUUCCAGGCAAGGACUGCACUGUUACGAGUCACAGAGUCACAUCCAAGUACGACACUGCUACUGUCUCACUUACAGAGACCAGCUUUGUUACAAUUGAUAGCGUUGUCUAUGCCACUAAGACAGUGAUAGAGACCGUCUCUCAACUGUGUGAAGCCGCCACAGGUCCUACGCUACCUAUUAGCACUGGUGAUCCUAUACCGGUUACCAGUGACGGACCUCAGCCCAUUGUUACUGGAGGUCCAGAUUCAAGUGCAGCUCAAUCUUCAGUCACCAUAGUAGAAUGGGAAGCAGACUACGUAACUGCCUGGACAGUGGCAUCCCUUGCUUUGUCGACGCAGAUUCCUCUUCCAAUUCCUCGCACUGCAACAGUGGAUGAGAAUCCAAACCCGGGCCGAGUGACGUUGCCUCAAUGCGCCAGAGAAGGGAAAUUAACCUAUAGUUUCCUUCAAGGCUAUGGCUGGGACAAUGUCGAUUUCAAUAAACCAUUAGACCCGAUCACAGACUUUACCUUCGGGCCAAUUUCAUUUAAGGCCAUGAACUGGAAGUAUCUCGACAAGCCAAAUAUCAUCGAGCAAGGAACUCACCCUGUGCUUGAAGCUAUAACAGGCCAAGGAGCCUUUACGCUCGUGAACCCGGCUGAGGCAGCAAAAUUGCAACAGUUUGCUAUUGAACUCCCCGAAAACGCUGAACUUGUUGGCGUUAGUCUUCAGUUCACGUUCCAUGUUUCACAUACUACGGGUGACCCCUUUACGUGGAACUUCAACAUGGAUGGUGGUUCCUACGGCAAGACUUUGUCACCAAGCUGGACCUUUACAAACUUGGGCAUUGACUUGAGCGAUUUGCCUCAGAAUAGCUGGCCUGCCCUGAUGACCUUGACGAGGACUGAUACUGGUGCUUUUGUGCCAUUCCAUCUACGCCAGGUCCUUCUCUGUGAGGGUUAG